AUGCCGUCGAUAGAAUCUCUGGCGCAAGGAGCAUCGCCACCUCACAACCCCACCACCCGCGAAGACGCACCCUCAUUCCCGCCAGUAACUCGAGAGCACAUUCUCAACUGCUCCUACGACAAAUGGUUCCCUAAAUAUAAGUCUUCUUGCAUAAAAUCCCGAAUCAUCCCUCUCCCGCCCGACUUCGUCGCCUACCUGCGCGAAGAUGGUAUAAUACUCGCCGACGACGACGACGAAACCCCGACGAUGGCGCGCAAUCGGACGAGGAUGCACGAGGACGACGGCUCGGACGACUCGGACGACGACUCACCGACCCCGGUCCCGCCAAAUCGUCGCUUUCCCGAGCUCCACGCCAAGAUAACCGAGACUAUCCAGGAACUCGGGGGCAGUGUGGUACCCAAGCUCAACUGGUCGUCGCCCAAGGACGCCACGUGGAUAUCACCCUUCAACAACCUCAAAUGCACGACAGCCAAUGACAUUUACCUCUUGAUAAAGAGUUCCAGCUUCGCGAGCCACGACCUGGAGCACCCCUUUGACGGCUGCGCUCCGGCCUCUCAACCCCUGCCCUUUACACCCGUUUUGGUCCUCCGCCCUCAUUUCCCUAUCCAGCCCUCGCUUGAGUUUAGGUGUUUUGUCAAACAGCGGAGCCUCGUCGGGAUCUCGCAGCGAGACGUCAACCAUUUCGAAUUCCUCGGAAAGCUCCGGCCACUCAUCACCUCCCGGAUUCAAAAGUUCUUCUCUGAGAAGCUACAGACCUCCUUCCCGGACCCGUGCUUCAUCUUCGACGUGUACAUUCCAGAAGACGCAUACGCCACGGAUGAUCUAGGAAAGGUAAGGUUGAUGGACAUCAAUCCAUGGGCGCCCCGGACCGAUACCCUCCUUUUCGACUGGGGAGAGCUUCUCGACAUGCGCCGCCGGGAGACUACGGAUGAAGACGACGUGGAUAUUCUCGAGCCCGAGAUGCGGCUCAUCGAAAAGGACGACCCGGCCGCCUUCAAUUUUAGCUCAACGCAGUAUUCUGCACACAAACUCCCGAAAGAGGUUGUCGAUGCGAGCAUGGCGGGCGAGGGGGCUUGGCCGAAUAACAGCACGGAUUCUACGCCUCUGAACCGAAACUGA